UAAAAACCAAUACAAGAGUCGACUGAAUUGAUUGUAAACAAGUGAUCACUAAAGGAGUCAAUCAAAAGGUCGUCAAUGAUGUCAAUGAUGUCAAUGAUGUCAAUGAUGUCAAUGAAGUGAUUGAAAUACAAGACAUCAUUUGUGUAGACAUUUCUCAAGUGAUUAUUGUUUAUAUUGUUGUCAGUCAUUAGUGAAGACUAUUUUGAGGACACAAUCCGUGGCUUUUGUAUUGCAUUGAGUGAACAAUCAGUGAAAGAAGUGGUCAUCCGAUGUCUCAUCUGUUGAAAACUAGUAGUCCUUUGCGUCAGAUUUAUCGUCUUUCGUUGGCCACAAACUCACGAUCAUUGACAACAAAGACAACACCAGAUGGGCUGUCAAAAGAUGUAUUGGCAGAGAAAAAGGAUCCUUCAGUAGAACUGAUGGAUGCGUUUGUUAAACAACACAAAGAGAUCAGAAGUAAGACAACGUUUUUAGCUGAAAACGAGUUGACAAUCGCUGACUUCAAUGGUGUACCAAAAGAGCAUAUCUAUGAGAGACGGGUCCGCAUAAGUAAACCGUCGAAGAAUGCCAUGCAAUCCGGUGCUUACGGUAGGGAUAAGUGGAGGAUUGAGUUUGAAUCGAGAGAGCGAUGGGAGAACCCAUUGAUGGGAUGGACCUCAACUGGUGAUCCGUUAUCUAAUAUGAAUCUAUGUUUUGCUACUAAAGAAGAAGCGGCAGAUUUUUGUCGUAAGAAUGGCUGGUAUUAUGAGAUCAUUGAACCACAAGAAAGACGAAACUUUCAGAAGAGUUACGCCGAAAACUUUUCGUGGAAUAAGAGGACUCGCGUCGGAUCCAAAUGAUGGACAAUAUCUCUCAUAAAUAUAUUUAGACAAUUAAUUUGUGUGUAUUAUAAUAAAUGUUUAGUUUUUGUUUUAAAAAUUGUUAUUUUGAUCCAUAGAUAAUAAAUUGCAAUUAUAGGUCAU